CCUUGUUGCGUAGAACCGGUCUUAUAGGGGGUGUGUGUGUGUAACCUGCUCUCGCCGGUAACCACUUGGAGCCUUUUACCGAUCCAUUCGGUAACAAGGGUCAAUGAGUAUAAACAGCUGGGGGGUUUAAGGCCAUCGUUGGGUGGUUUUCAGAGGGUUUUUGUUUUUGUUUUUGUUCUGGUUCAUGUUCAUGUUCUUUCGAUCGUUAUAUUUCAAGGAUUUGUAGAGAGAGAGAGAGAGAGAGAGAGAGAGAGAGAGAGAGAGAGAGAGAGAGAGAGAGAGAGAGAGAGAGAGAGAGAGAGAGAGAGAGCGAAAUUGAAAGAAGAGAUUUAAUUUGGAAGAAGAGAUUGCGUUUCAAACAACAUUAUGUGGCGAUGAGAAGACUGAUCAAGAAAAGGGAAGAGGAAAAAUUCUUCCUUUUUUCUAAUGGGUUCUGUUUGAUCGAUGAAAAGUUUGUGAAUUUGGGUUUUACGGUUUGAAUUCUCUGGGAAUUUUCCGAUCUUCCAGAAUUUGUUGUCCGGAAUCUGAAGAAAAUGUUUGGUGAAUUAUUGGCAAAAUCCCGGGGGUAUUAAAGGCGUUUAUUAUCUUCAAAGAUCAAAAAAAAAAAAAAAAUCGCGUAUGGCUUUUAAGUAGCUUCUUGAUAUGAUCACUAAAAUAUGGUGUUGCAGAAGAGGUUAGAAUAUGGAUUUAACGGCUAUCAGGUGCCGCCAACUCCCCGGGCUGCCAGAUCAGCCACUCGAAGGGUUCCAUCAUGGAAGAAAACCGAGGAAAAUAACACUAAUAACAACAACAAGCAAAUGUGUGCAUUCGAUCUACUGGCGACAGUAGCCGGAAAGUUACUGCAGGAGGGUGGUGGUGGUGGACAGGAAGCUGAAACCGUUAAGACAGAAAAACAAAUAGAGGAUGAGUACCCUUCGAAUGUUAAUAAUAAUAAUAAUAUUUGUGAUCAAGGAAGCUGCAACAGCAGAAGCUUCUUUGUGUCUGAAAUAAUCUCACAAGCUCCUAUAAUGGAUCCACAACCCGAAUCCUAUUCCGGACCUUCUUCAGGUAUUACCGUUUCCGAUUGCUCCGAGAAGAUUCCAAUUCCGGUUCCGGUUCUUUCCGUUGACAAAGUGAAACUCCCAUUUAGUUGUAAAGUAGACGAUAAGAAUAGUAAACCCGUAACAAACGAGGUACCAAAACCUCAUGUAGUUCAUAAUAUAGAUAACAAUAACAAUAAUAACAACAAUAAUAAUCGUGGUCAUGUUCAUGGUCAUGGUCAUGAUCAUUUACCUUUGUGUCAAGAUAAUGUAAAUUUAGUUGUUAGAGAUGAUGACGAAAACUCUUCUGGGGUGACUCGAGUUCCUAAUAAAUCCUUUAAGCCACCACCGCGUAUUGGGGAUCGAAGAAUUAGGCGAUUGUUGGCAUCAAAAUAUUGGAAAUCGGGUCCCGAAUCGAACGAUGAAGUUCAUUGUGAUGUUGACGAGGAAAUGAAAGGUGGUUUCCGUAAUAGGAAAAGUUGCUAUAAACGACCACGAUCGUUGAAGGAUUAUCCGUUUAAAAAGAGACGACUUUAUGAAUUCGAAUACUUCUCAAACUCGGACGAUGUAGUUAAUAGCGAGGAUCAAUCGAGUCCUCCUCGAAAAGACUCGAUUGAAAAUGGUUCGGGUUUUGGUGUCAAAUCCACCGGAGGUACGAAGACAUCGGGACUUGUAUCGAAGCAAAAUCCAGCUUUUCAGACACGGGAUUCCCAUGUGAAGCUCAAGAUCAAAUCUUUUCGUGUCCCCGAGCUUUUCUUUGAGUUACCAAAAACCGCAACCGUUGGUUACCUAAAGAGGACUGUUAUGGAGGCGAUGACUUCAAUACUUAGCGGUGAGCUACACGUGGGUGUGAUGCUUCAAGGGAAAAAGAUUCGAGAUGAUGACAAAACUUUGGUACAAACUGGCAUACACAAUAAGCUAGAUGCAUUAGGGUUUACAUUGGAGCCUAACCAUUUGCAAGCUCCAUCAUCUCUAAGCCCAGGAGGAGAUCAAUCUUUUGCACCAAAUCCUGUUACCCCUAAGCCGUUGAUAAGGUAUACACCCGGUCCAAAUGUGGCUAAUCAGAUGGUGAUUCAACCGGAGGAGAAUCCUCCGGUGACUAAUUUUGGAAACUUGAUUGAAAGCGAUCAUGACUCGGCACCAUCGCCUCCCAACAUGUCUUUUGAUAACAAAAGUGGUUCGGGUUCGGGUUCAGAUUCACGGGCUUUGGUCAGUGUCCCGGCUAUGAACCCGCGGGCACUGGCGGUGGUCCCCAUGAGGAAAUCUAAGCGGUCUGAGGUGGCACAACGGAGAAUCCGUCGACCGUUUUCGGUUUCUGAGGUGGAAGCGUUGGUUCAAGCCGUUGAAAAACUCGGAACUGGAAGAUGGCGUGACGUGAAGUUACGGGCCUUUGAUAAUGCAAAGCACCGCACGUAUGUUGAUUUGAAGGACAAGUGGAAGACGCUGGUCCACACGGCGAGAAUAUCGCCACAGCAAAGAAGAGGCGAGCCGGUGCCUCAGGAGCUUCUAGACAGGGUGUUGGCUGCGCACGCGUAUUGGUCACAUCACCAAGCCAAACAACAGUUCAAGCAAACACCACAAUCCGAAACUUGUCGGCUUCUUUGAAUAAAAAUCACAUUUACAUCUUAAUUAUCAUACUUAAAAGAAAAAAGUAAAAGAUGUGGGUUUUUUUUUUUUUUUUUUCGUUCGGCCUCCCUUGAUAUCAGUAACUAUCUAUUGUUGUUAUUAAAUCUUUCAUGUAAAAAGGUAACAAAAAAUAGGGAGGAAGAAUGGUAAAUGUCGGGUGUAGUUUUUUUUUUCCUUUGUUGAGAAGCUCUCACGCAUGCGUGGAGAGGGUUGGCGCGACGCUUGUAAAUGGGUCGACCGAAUAAGAGCUUGGUUAGUUAGAUUCUUUAUGAAAAUGUCCAUUCUUGUAAAGGGCAUUUUAUGUUUAUUUUAGUUUUUUCUGUGUAUUUUCCGGAAGUAAUAGUAGGUUUAUUUUGUUAUGUUGUUGAAUAAGAUGACAAAUUUAUGGGAGUUUUGAUGCA